AUGGACGAGGAGGGAGAAACCCAUGCUCAUUCUAUAGACAUUAAUGAUUCUAUCAAAACAAAACUUUCUGUGAGGAGGUCCAAUCCAUCGUUGGUAGUACCAAUUUCUUGUGUUUACAGAGUCCAUAAAAGAAUUCACAAAAUGAACGAAGAUGCCUACACACCAGAUAUAGUCUCCAUUGGUCGUUAUCACUGUGGUAUGGAAAACUUGCAAGCCAUGGAAGAUCUCAAGUUACAAUACCUACAGACAUUGCUAGAUCGAACAAGAGAGAGAACCAGUUUGGAGGAAUAUGUGGAAGCUCUCAAGAAGUUAGAAGAUGAAGCCCGUGGGUGUUACUCAGAACCCAUCAAGUUAAGUAGUAAUGAAUUCAUUGAAAUGAUGCUUUUUGAUAGCUUCUUCAUCAAAGAAUUAUUUUGGAAAAAUUUUAAUUCACAAUAUUUCUGGAUAGAUGAUAAUGAUCUUAUCUUCUAUUCCAAAUCAAGAAGUGCAAUCAUUGUGCGUGACUUGGUAUUGCUUGAAAAUCAAAUACCCAUGUCAAUUCUUGAAAAAUUAUUCAAUCUUAGUAUGGAUCCUAAACAUGAUUCUCUCCCACUCAUCAAAAUGGCUCUCUAUUUCUUCAGUGUAUUGAUUCCUCAAGCUAUGCACAAGUAUCCUCAAAAAAAGGAUAAUAUUGAAGUAGUAGUACAUAACCAUUUACUGGAUCUGUUAGCCUACACACUUGAUAGUCCCCUUAGAGUGGUCAAGAUGCCAGACUUAAGAACAACAGUAGAAGCUCUACCAUGUGUGACAGAGCUCCUUUGUUCUGGGGUUAGGUUCAAGAAAGAGCCCCAAAUAUAA